AUUUUCUCUCGGCUAAUAGCUUUUUGUUCGGAUUUUUUUGUUCCGUCGAUCGCUUGAUUGGAGUUUUGAUUUGGACCAAUCACACUGACCGCCCUGCCAACGGUCAAUCAGGUUUCCGUAGUAACUAGUAACCGACGCGACCGACGGAAACGAGUGAAGUGCGCGUUGGAAGCAUCGGACCUGCCGAUGGGUGAAGGACUCCGGUGCAAACAAAGGAUAGGUUGUGCGGCGCAGGGGUGCGGAAAGUAACCAGUGCGGGCAACGGCCGUUAGGUAAGGAACGGGCUGCAGCUGUCAGGAUACGCAGCAGCGACGCGCCCGGAUGGCCCAGAGCAACAACAACAACUAUGAGGAACUAGGAAUAAUCGGAACGGGAUCCUAUGGGACCGUGUAUCGGGCGCGGGAUCUGAAAAAUUCUGGCAACAUCGUUGCACUGAAGAAGGUUCGCGUUGCUCUCACCGAGGAUGGCGUUCCGAUGACGACGUUGCGCGAAAUUUUCAUGCUCAAGCAGCUGGACACAUUCGGGCACCCGAACGUUGUGAAGUUGCUAGAUGUGUGUCAAGGACAGCGCCUGGAGCGAGAAGGACAGCUGGUGCUGUUCCUCGUGUUCGAGCACCUUGACCAGGACCUGGCGGAGUACAUCAAGCGGUUGCCAUCGAUGGGAAUGCCGUCAAUGACCGUACAGCGCUUGGCACGGGAAAUGCUCACCGGAAUCGACUUUCUGCACUCGCACCGCAUCGUGCACCGUGACCUGAAGCCGCAAAAUCUCCUCAUCUCGUCCGACGGACACCUGAAGCUGGCGGAUUUCGGACUGGCGAAGACGUACGAUUUCGAGAUGAAACUCACGACGGUGGUGGUCACGUUGUGGUACCGCGCGCCGGAGGUUCUGCUCGGCGAAGCGUACAACAGUUCCGUGGACAUCUGGAGCGCCGGCUGCAUAAUGGCGGAAAUGUUCCAACGGAAGGCCCUCUUCCCCGGCACGGCCGAGGGUAACCAGCUGGAGAAGAUAUUUGAGUUAACCGGCCGCCCAUCGGAAGCGCAAUGGCCACGGGGAGUUUCGAUCGUACGAGAAAACUUUCGCCCCACGAAGGCGCGAGAACCGCGGGAAUUCUGCCCGAAACUGUGCGAUGCCGCCAACGAUCUCCUGAAAAUCAUGCUCGCCUUCAACCGGUACGACCGCCCGUCCGCCCGACAGUGUCUGAAUCAUGCGUACUUCACGCAGGAACCGAUGCCAACGUAGGCAACGCGGAACGGCACUGGUCACCGCCCAGUGGGGCGCGCCAAUAAUCAGACUUAAUAUCGUAGGGGAGGACCGCGCCGGAGGGGGAAAGUGUACCUACCGUUUCACAACGAUACAAAGGAACGACGACGACACCAGAAAAAUUACUAUAAGCUCAACCGAAACCAACCAACAGGAAAGUUAGUUAGGAAACCGUGAAAUGAAACUGAAAUGAAAAAAGGACCUCUCAUAUGAAAUUUACAUAACUUUAUAUAUAUAAACACACUCACUCACACCACUACCAGUUGUCUUACUGCCAUACGCCUGUUCUGUAUUAGAUUGUAAGUUGCAACGCAGGAUUUCAUGGGCCAGAUUUCGAGCGUGAAUUGUCGUUAAGGAACUCUACUAGCUGUUGCGUGUCAUGCAGAUUUCAACCCGUUUUGUACCGUCUAGUACUAGGGACUAUUGUCCAUUGGCAUGUAGGGAUAGCAAUAGAAAAAGGAAUUUUUUGGAAUAACACGAAAGAAAAUCGAUUAAACCUCAUCGGUGUUGAGUGUUUUAUUAAUGGUCUGUGUAUGGUUACAGCUUACCUCCGAUUGUUCGCUAUUACUUUGCGCGAUGCAAUUUAAACGCACGCUCCAGGGGGGGAUAGUGGAACAGAUAUCGUUUUGUGGUUUUAUUUUAUAGUUUGAUAAUAUUCCAAAAUACUGAUUUCACAGUCGUUGGUACUAGUGAUUCCGUUUCCGUGCCGUCCUGGGCCAGGUGCCCGGUGACCGGUGCCCUGUGCACCGUUUACGGUGGUGUACGGUGCGGCCCCAACGAAGCAUGUAUGUGGGGGUUUGGUUUAAAAUACGGUUUGUAAGUCUUAUGCGUUGUUCUGUCUAUUUUGUAGUAUGUUUCGCGCUGCUUGACUGACUGACUGUGCGUAGUAGUUCUUCCGCGCUGCUCGCGUAACGGAUGCGUGCUAAGCUAAUCAAUCGAUCCCAUGAACACACACAUAUACUCUCACGCACAUACACGCACACACACAUCAGCAGCACGGUCA